AGCAAAUGCUUCCAAUCUGGGUUGCCACUCAUAUGCCAAUCAGGCACGUGGCUUUUCUGGCCUACCUGUAUACAAGUUAGUCACAAAGAAAUACGUCUGUGUACGCUGGGGUAGGGAGGCAGGAGGAGAAGUGAGUAAGAGGGGAGCAGGCCCAAAAUAGAGCAGGCCCAAAAUGCUGAGUCAGUCAUUUCACUUAUCAACCAGAGCUGUUCCAGCACAUGACUUCGUGACAGACAUGUUCCCACUGUCACCAUGCAGAGAUACGACCAUUACACAUGAUACACCACAGACACAGCUCAAAUGUAUUGUGUGUGUGUGUGUGUGUUUCACCUCAAGGAAAAGGUUAGCUGAUCUCUGUAUUAAAAUAUUAAGACUACAAAAAGGUGUAGUUAGUCCGCACUCAAAAGGAUGUCGCAUAAACCUUACUUCAUUAUUCCAUUUUUUUUCACUGCAUCAGGGAUAUGCCAUCUCCUCUCUCACCUUCCUUCCCUCUCCCCCUCUCUCCUGGCUCUAUCCUCUUUCCACUAAACCUCUCCACCUCUCUCCUCCUACAAUACUCCUCCCCUGUCUCCCCUUCUGAAAUGAAACUGUCGUUUUGAGCCACUGUAUUAGAAUUGUCUCUGUUUUUCACGUUAGCUGUCAAUGUCAAGUACCCCAAUAAAGCACAACUCUGGGUGACCUCAUUCCAUGUCAUUUGAAAUGUUUAGUAUAUAAAAACUAGUUCAGGCCUUCAUCAAUGUUUUCUUAUUCCUUGAUAAUCUUCUGUUAGUCAAAAACAAGGCCUACUGAUAGUGAGGAGCAAGUUACACAGGAAAUAGAUAAUUGGUAUACUGUCUCAAUAUGAGACUUAUAAGGGCAUUGUACCUUGUGAAACAAGUUUUAGAACCUGGAAGUAAAACUGCAUGUGAGAAGCGUAGUGAGAAGCGUAUGUCCUCUUCUGCUUAUGAUCUCAAGUAGCCUAUAAGUCAAAUACAUCAGGAAGAGUCUUGAGAAGAACCUCAUUGGACUCCAUUUGUUGGUGACAAGCCACUUUUUCUUCCAAAAAAGGAAACAAAACCCCUUAAUAUGGAACUGAAAAUAACCAUGUCAGGAAAAGGACAUGGGUCUACAUAUUCUCAGUUGAGUUUCUUUCUAUGGAUUCUUCUGUAUUUCUGGGUUCUAUUUAAUCCAGUAAAUGGUUACUCAAUGAAACACUGCAGAAUCAGGGAAUCUCUAAAUACGUCUGUGCUAUGUGAUGGCAGGAACCUCAAUGCCGUACCAGCAGACAUCCCAUCAUUGGUGAGAACUGUAAACAUAGCAAAGAAUAACAUUUCACAGAUAAAAAGUGAGGACUUCAAAGAUCUAACGUUCCUCAAAAUGUUAAUCAUGUACAGCAACAGGAUCUCUCAUGUGGAGAAUGGGUCUUUUUCAGACCUGGUGGCUCUAGAGCAGCUGAAUCUGUCCUUUAACAAACUCACUUCCCUCUCAGACCAAAUGUUUAAGGGCCUGGAUAACCUCACAGUACUACACCUGGAUAACAACCACAUCUCAAGUAUCUCAUCAUCUUUUCAGUUACUCUUCAGCUUGAAGGUACUGAACUUAACCAGCAACAAACUGCAUUGUUUCAAGGAGCUUCAGCACAUUUUACAAUUACCAAGCUUGCUGAAGUUGUUCAUUGGGAACAACAGCUUGACCUCUUUGCAGUCACAGGAAAUAUCAAAUAGGUCAAUAGGGCUGACAGAGCUGGAUCUAUCCAGGAAUCCUCUGGAGAUCUUCAGUGUCACAGCAGAUAUUUUUCCCUAUCUUAAGAAUUUAGACCUCUCCUUCUGUGGCAUUAAUGGAAGCAUGGAAUGGGAUGUAGCAGACAGGUAUUUUCUGAGGAAUGUGAGCAGUCUCGACUUGAGUGGCAUUCACAUGUCUUUACAGGGGAUUAGUUCAGUGCUCCAGAGCAUCAACCUUUCUUUGGCAUCUCUGGGGCUGGGUAAAAUAGGAAGAGAUAAUCUCAUUAAUGUAGCCUGCCACAUACCUACACUGAAGACACUCCGAUUGCAAUGUAAUAACUUCAGUACUGUCUCUGACAAGCUGCUGCAGUCCUGCACACAGGUGACUGACCUGGACAUAUCAGGUAAUAAUAUUACUGACCUGUCAGAAGCCGCUUUUCGAUCAAUUAAAGGUCUUAAAACUCUGAUACUAGACAAUGACGGCCUCUCUUCUGUGCCGAAUGCUACAAGGAAUCUCCCCACAUUGAAAAAAUUGGAUCUCAGCUACAACAUCAUCAAAACUUUAGGCUGCUCGGAUUUCUCCAAUCUAAGAAGACUCGAAAAACUCUAUCUUAACAACAAUUUAAUCUCAAACCUUGAAGGUUGUGUUUUCCAGGAUUUAAGGGCCUUAAAUAGCCUGACACUUAGAAGGAACCGCAUCCUAAACUUAGGUGAUGCUUUCACAAAGGGUUUGCAACAUUUAAAGAGCUUGGAUUUAGGAUUCAAUAAACUAACUAACAUCAGAACAAAGUACUUCAAAAGCUUAAGAUCACUUGAGGAUUUGGCUUUAUAUGACAAUCAAAUAAAGACACUGGAAGAUGGGGCCUUUGUGGGUUUGGCCAAACUUAAAAAUCUUGUUCUGCUAAACAAUGUUAUAGGUAAAAGUGAAAUCCGAGGUGCUGUGUUCAAAGGACUUAGAAGCUUAAAAACUCUCAAUAUGGCUUCCAAUGCUAUCAAAUAUGAAAAAGAUGAACUACUCCAACCACCACCCUUCACUGACCUGUCAUCUCUGGAAAACCUCUACAUAUUUAGUCAGCAUUAUAGUAAGUAUAAGAGACAGUCUUAUCUACCUUCCAACUUUCUUGAAGGUCUGAAAAUGUUAUCAGAGUUCCAAGCAGGGAAUCUUCAUAUUAUGUCCCUGCACCCUGACGUAUUCAUUUACACACCCCAGUUGUUGUCCCUUGAUAUCAGCCAGAAUUGGUUCAAAGCCCUCUCCCCAGAGCUCUUUCACCCAAUCCCCAAGCUCAAAAGACUCACCAUCUCCAAAACUGAACUUGAGUCAUUAGAUUUCCUUAUAGAAGCCAAUCUCACUCAAGUUCAUUUCUUAAAGGUGAGACAGAAUAAAAUUACAUGGACCAAUGAGACAGUGCUGCACUCUCUCCCAGCCUUAACUCUCCUGGAUAUGCAAAGGAAUCCUUUCAUUUGUGACUGCAGAAAUGCUUGGUUUGUUCAUUGGGCUGAGAGCAACAACCAAACACAAGUUGCUUAUGCCCAUGACUAUCCAUGUAACUAUCCAGACGAUCUCAAGAACACUAAACUGUUGGACCUGGACACCCACUCCUGUUCAGUGGACCUAGGCGUCUUCUACUUCAUCUCAACCACUUCUCUGGUCCUCCUCACCCUGCUGGGGUCCUUUAUCUAUCAUCACCUGAGGUGGCAGGUGGUAUAUGCCUACUACCUCUUCCUGGCUUAUCUCCAUGACACCAAGCGGAGGAACAGACAAGCUCCUCAUCAGUACGAUGCCUUCAUUUCCUACAACACCCAUGAUGAAUCCUGGGUCGUGAGGGAGCUGCUGCCAGAGUUGGAGGGAGAGCAGGGCUGGAAGUUGUGUCUUCACCACCGGGACUUCCAGCCAGGUAAACCCAUCAUAGAGAACAUCACAGACGCCAUCUACAGGAGCAGGAAAACCAUCUGUGUGAUCACCCACCAAUAUCUGGAGAGCGAGUGGUGCUCCAGAGAGAUCCAGGUGGCCAGCUUCCGUCUUUUUGAUGAGCAGAAGGAUGUGCUGAUCCUGGUGUUUCUCGAAGAGAUCCCAGACCACCAGCUCUCACCCUACCACCGCAUGAGGAGGCUGGUGAAGAGACGCACCUACCUGAGCUGGCCAAGAGCUGGGGAGGACACAAGGGUCUUCUGGCAGAAACUCCAGGUGGCUUUGGAGACCAGGGACUUGCCUGCGGAAGAGAACCCCAUCCUCACCGGGGUGGAGAGACAGUGACAUAGACAACUGUCAUGCUCCGAUUUAUAUUCUAUUUUUUGUUUUACUUUUAAAUAUUUAUUUUAUAUGUUACAUGAUUGAAUAACAUUAACCAAUGCUAAUUCUUAAUCAAUCCAAGGUUAUAAUUGGCCUACACUUGCUUAGUUACAUGUGUUGAUUACUUUUUCUAUUAACCUAGCUGGUAUUUCUCAUUCUGAUACUUCCUAACUCUUUUUUAAAAACUUUUCGCAUUGUGUCGUUCUGUAUUGCUAGAUAAUAUUGCACUGUUGGAGCUAGAAAACACAAGCAUUUCACUGCACCUGCGAUGACAUCUGAAAAUCUGCGCACGUGACUAAUAAACUUUGAUUUGGUAAUUGUCUUUGGAAUGAACAGCUCUUCAAAAAUAAGAUGUAGCAUUGUUAUUAUUACAUUUAAUUCACUUUGUGCAAUAUGUAUUUUACCUUUGUCAAGUGAAGCAAGUUGAAUAAAGAACACUUGCUCUAUUUUGGAGCAACAGUG